AUGAUGGGCUCCUGGAAGGAGACAGUGCGGGUCGCGCUCCUAGGGCGGACUCAGAGACAGAUGUCACUGCCCUGGGGCUGCAAUGAUCAAUUUGGCUCGAUGAGCAUCUCUCCCUCCGCGGUGAACCUGGGAGAGGAGGAAAAGAGAAGCUGGGUGGGUGGAGGACCGAGAGAACCCGGAGGAGGUACCUGCACCUUCGCGCCUCUUGGUUUAAAGAAAGGAGGGAGGGAGGACGCGAACUCACUGGCACGACCCACGCAGCAGUUUAACGCAGAUGGCACAGCUGCAGGAGACUCGGAGAGGAAGGUGAUUACAAUCAGUGAAUUAGCAACCUCUGCCGAGCAGUGGCUUCUGACCCUGGGGAAAGGGCGUUGUGCGAGCUCUGCAGAAGGAAAGGCGCUCUACAAACAGCCGAGCGCAGGGCUUUCAAGGGGCGCUCUGAAGCCUUUCGCUCCCCGGAUGGGCUAUCCCAGCGCCCCGGCACCAGGUGUAGAUCGCCUACCGUGCGCUCGUGUCUCUCGGGCUGCACGGCGUGCCUAG